UUUUAACGGUUUGUUAAUAGGGUAGUUUUGUCAGUACAUUCUGCCUCAACCCAUUGAGGACAUUCUUGAUCUUGAUGUGGCCUGAAAUGACCAUGAGUUUUCUCCCCUGGUCUAGAUACACAUGGUGGUCUCCUUCUUCGGUUAAUCUGGUGGUUGUUCCCACUCGAGUGGGACAGCUUUAUGUGUACGACACAGUGAAAGCUGACAAGGACGAGUAUGACGUCCCACCCAGACAUCAGCCACCGGCCCAGAAGGACAUUUAUGAUGUUCCACCCACCCGCCAGCAGUACAGCACCCAGGUGUAUGACACUCCGCCUAUGGUGGUGAAGGGGCCAUCUAGUGGUCAAGACAUAUAUGACACCCCAGCAACCACAGACAAGAAUCCCCAGCAAACUGUGUACAACUUCCCCCCCUCAAUGAGUAAAGAUGUUCCUGACGGUCAGUUAAUCAGGGAGGAGACCUAUGAUGUGCCACCCCACUUUGUCAAAUUGAAGCACCAAGUUCCCACCGGUCCUGGCCAAUACCAGCACAACAACGUUAGUGAUGAUGAUGAGCCGCUCAUUCCAGAAGAUGUUUAUGAUGUUCCACCUCCUAUUCUGACUGAGAAACAUCACCGGGGGGAAAGGGUUGCAGUCAGCCAGGAGAUCUACGACAUCCCAGCCACCCUGCGUGGCGGAGGCCUCCCCAGCCAGGAUGUGUACGACUUCCCACGGGAACGAGAGGACCGAGGCAGCGAGAGGGGAGACCAGUAUGUCUAUGAUGUCCCGCCACAGGUUGUCCGUGAUGCCCAGUCCAAUGCUGAGGAGCUGACCAUGUCGUUUAAGCGCCUCUCUGCGUCAAGCACAGGAAGCACACGGAGCAACCACUCUGCUUCUUCGUUAGACAUGGUUCCUGUCCGGGACACGUCCUCACUUCCUGCCUCCGGCUCCAUCCAAGGAAAACCGCUCAUGCUGGACCUUGAUCAAGCCAUGGAGCGUCUGUCUCGCCUACAGCAGGCUGUUGAGUCCAGUGUUUCCCUCAUGAUGUCAUUCAUCACAGGCAACUGGAGGAGCCCUGCUCACCUGGAUGGAAACCUCACAGCCAUUCAUCAGGCUGCUGACCGGGUGCGAGCCACUGUCCGAGACUUCCUAGAAUUUGCUCGAGGUGCUGUGGCAAAUGCUGCCCAGGCCACAGACCGCUUGCUGCAGACCAAACUGGGUCGGCAGGUUGGAAAGAUGGAGGAGGUCUUCCAGAAUUUGAUUCGGCACAGUCAAAGCUUAGACAGCAUCUCAUGGUCACCCACAGCACUGUCCACUCCGGCUCCAGGAGGGGAUGACUUAGAUCAACUGAUCAUAACAGCGAGAGGUAUCCCUGAUGACACCAAACAGCUGGCCUCCUUUCUUCACGGUAACGCCUCACUGCUCUUCAAAAGGACAACCCGGCAGCAGCAGCAGCUGCCCCUCCCUCCAAUCCCUGGGGAGAUUAGUGGUCACAUGACAGGAUCAGGUAGUGGAACCUACCAGGGAGGGGAGAAAGUGCAUAUUCAGUCACGGCCCCUCCCUUCUCCACCAAAAUUUACAUCUGCAGAGGAGGAGGAAGGAGUGGACAGACCAUAUGAGGUCACAGAGGAAGGCUGGAUGGAGGACUAUGAUUACGUCCAUCUACAGGGAAAAGAAGAGUUUGAGAAGAAUCAAAGACAGCUCCUGGAGAAAGGCAACAUAAUCAGACACAACAAGACGCAGCUAGAGCAGCAACAGAUUAAACAAUUUGAGCGGCUUGAGCAGGAAGUGAGCCGGCCAAUAAACAAUGACAUGACAGGCUGGGUUCCUUCUCUCCACCAUCCUCUGGCCAACCAGCUGUCCACGAACGGCGCCGGAGAGCCCCCAUCCUCCAAGCUGUGUCACAGUGACCGCCAGCUCCUCCUCUUCUACCAGGAGCAGUGUGAGCAGAACAUCACCACGGUUACCAAUGCCAUUGAUGCCUUCUUCACCGCCGUCAACUCCAACCAGCCGCCAAAGAUCUUUGUGGCACACAGCAAAUUUGUCAUCCUUAGUGCGCACAAGUUGGUGUUCAUUGGGGACACACUAUCACGCCAGGCCAAGUCUCCAGAGGUGAGGGGUCGCAUGGCCCAGAGCAGCAACACCCUGUGUGAAAAACUCAAAGACAUCGUAAUCAGUACGAAAACAGCCGCGCUGCAGUAUCCGUGUGCUGGAGCAGCCAGAGAGAUGACGGAGAGGGUGAAGGAGCUGGCCAGCUGCACGCAGCAGUUCAGGAUGGGCCUGGGCCAGCUGCUGCUCAUGUAGGAAGCCAAACCCAAACUGUACUGCACUGUUCCACACACAGCGGUGGGGGACCGGAGGGGAGCUGGGGUACGUCCUCUGAGUGGACGUACCCCACUCAGAGUACAGGAGUGUGAUUGGACUAAAUCCAGGACUUUUUAUCAGUUUAAUCCUGAGACGCAGCAGUAAGACUUUCUGGAGUCCUUGUUCACUGGAGUUGAGCCGUCAUCUCUCUUCCCUUUCUCCCUGUGCUCACUGGGAUCAUUCCUGUCUUUGACUUCUCUAACUACACAGCAGUACAGGAACAUUAUGGUAGGUGGGCUGUAAAAUAACCAGUGUAAAUAUUUAUCUUCCCUGUUUAGAGAGACGAACAGAAAGAACAAUUCAUCGAGAAAUAACACUAAAUGUUCCUUUUUUAAAGAAAAAAUUAUAAAAUCAUAAUUGUAGCCUAAGACCAUAUAAAUCAUUAUUAAUAUUGCCUCUACUGUAUAAUUAUGGCUCUGUUUCUUGAUCUUUGUAUCAUUAUUGGUAGGGAUGUAUAAAUUCCAGAUGUUAUGUAUAGCUCUAUGUUGUAGUGAGUGCCUCCAUUCUCCAUCCCUGACACACAUCUUUCAAUGUCACUUGAUGAUCUGUGGUUGCCCUGUUAACUCUGUGUCGAAAGUGGCUCAUGCUAUGAUAGCUGGUCCACCUGAGUGCCGCUGCUACCCAAAAGACACCCAAAGCCCUGAAGCUGCAUGUGCAGCUAUAACGUUAUAAGUGCCAUCUCACAGGAUUUUCUUUUUUUCUUUUUUUUUUGACAAACUGUAUCUAUGUUGUUUUGUAAGAGGCAUGUAUUCAACUAAAGUGUAAAAGGUUAAAAACCAAUGCAAUUAAAUCUGCUUUAUGUCUUUCU